AUGUCUACUCAACUCCAGAACGUCUUUCCCACGAAUAUCACGGAAAACAAGGGGACCAUGGGGGUUGCACCCACGGGCAGACAAAACUACAAAAUUGCUUUGAUUCCUGGUGACGGCAUUGGCAUCGAAGUCAUCCAUGAAGGCAAAGUAGUCCUUCAGAAGCUUGCAGCGGAGCUUAACACGUUCGAUCUGGAAUUCGAGGAAUUCGAGUGGAGCAGUGCCUACUACAAGAAGCAUGGGAAAUAUCUACCUGAUGAUUAUCUAGCGCAGGUGAAAAAGUUCAACGCAAUUCUGUUUGGUGCUGUUGGUGCUCCUGAUGUUCCGGAUCAUAUUUCACUUUGGGGUCUUCGGCUUGCAUUGUGUCAACCACUACAGCAGUACGCUAAUGUUCGGCCAACUCGUAUUCUUCGGGGUACUACUUCUCCACUUCGUAAUUGCAAACCGGGGGAUCUUGAUUGGGUCAUUGUCCGAGAGAACUCGGAAGGAGAGUAUGCUGGCCAUGGCGGAACAUCACAUACUGGUGAACCAUGGUCUGUGGCCACAGAAACGUCAAUAUUCACACGACAUGGCGUGGAAAGGAUCAUGCGAUUCGCUUUCGAGACUGCGAAAAGUCGGCCGCGGAAGAAGCUUACAGUGGUUACUAAAAGCAACGCUCAGAGAAACGGAAUGGUCUUCUGGGACACCAUUGCCUCAGAAGUUGCCAAAGAUUUCCCGGAUGUUGAGGUUGACAAGAUGCUGGUGGAUGCCAUGACCACUCGGAUGGUGCUGAAGCCAGAAAGCAUUGACACAGUCGUAGCUACGAACCUGCAUGCGGAUAUCCUCUCAGACUUAGCUGCUGCAUUAGCUGGGAGUAUUGGCAUUGCACCUACCUCGAAUCUGGACCCAACACGAGAAAACCCAUCAAUGUUUGAGCCUAUUCAUGGGAGUGCUUUUGACAUUACGGGAAAGGAGCUUGCUAACCCUGUCGCUACAUUCUGGACGGCAGCAGAAAUGUUGAGAUGGCUGGGGCAGCCAGAUGCAGCUGCACUUCUCAUGGAGUCCGUAGAGAAUGUUACAGAGACCGGAAUCAAGACGGCAGAUUUGGGUGGGUGGCAAAAUACGAAAGAAGUCACGGAUGCUGUCUGCAAAGAGAUACAGAGGUUGGCCAAGGAAAAUCAAAAAGCCUGA